UUCGUGCAGCUCUAGUUCAUUACAAGUUCGUGUGCAGCAGAACGCAGGAUUUUUUUCGUUUCCUGUGACGUGAAAAGUGCACAUAAUAUUGGUUCGAAUUAGCUUAAGUCUAGUUAACUAGCCCAACAAAUAGCCAUGUCGUUUGCGGAAAAGAUAACGGGCCUGCUGGCACGGCCGAACCAACAAGAUCCAAUUGGACCGGAGCAGCCCUGGUAUCUCAAAUAUGGAAGUCGACUGCUGGGCAUUGUGGCCGCCUUCUUUGCCAUACUCUUCGGCCUGUGGAAUGUGUUCUCUAUUCUCACUCUCAGCGUUACCUGCCUGGUGGCUGGCAUCAUACAAAUGGUGGCAGGAUUUGUGGUGAUGCUCCUGGAGGCGCCCUGCUGCUUCGUCUGCUUCGAGCAGGUGAACAUGAUCGCGGAUAAGGUGGACUCCAAGCCCUUGUACUUCCGGGCCGGACUCUACAUUGCCAUGGCUAUUCCGCCCAUUAUCUUGUGCUUCGGACUGGCCAGCUUAUUCGGCAGUGGCCUGAUCUUUGGCACUGGCGUCGUCUACGGAAUGAUGGCGUUAGGCAAGAAAGCUUCUCGGGAGGACAUGGCCGCCGCUGCCACAUCGCCCACACAGAUGGCCGGCAGUCAGGCGGGCGGUCAGAUGCAGAUGGGCGGCGAUCAGCAUAUCACACUCAUGGAAGAUCCCGACGUCUGGCGCCCGACAUAAAUUCCUAGCCGCGCGAUUAGUAACUGCCAAAAAAACCACAACUCUCACACCCUCAGAUACAGAUACAGAUACAGAUACAUUAACAGAUGAAGAUAAAAAGACACAGAUACUCAGAUACACCCACACAGAAAACACAGCACUAGAAAUGCAAAUGAUGCAACAAUUGAUCGAGUAACAAAUAUUUUACGGCGCCUAGUUUUUAGUGUUCGUUCCAAGGAAAAAUGUAACUAGGAGGAAAACAAAAUCAAUACGAAGCAGCAAUGUAGGGCAUCAGAGAAUAGAAUACAGAACACCCCACCAAUUACAAAAAGAAAUUGAACGAAAUUCUCAUUAUUGUUGAAACCGAGAGUGUUAGUAAUCAAAGUGUUUUUUGGGCAAAUGCAUUUCCGUCAUUCGUCCCUUUUUGCAUGUCAUUCGUAUUCGUAUUCAAAUUUUUUAAUGUCUUUCGUCGAGCGGUUGGUGUUGUUAAAAACUACAGUUAAAUAUAUUAUACGCAUAGAGAAACUACUGAUAACAAUAACGUAAUACACAUGUCAAGCUGCAGUAAGCAUAUAUUUUUAGUGAGAAACUAUAUUUGAAAGCUAACCGAAUGCAAGAGAAACCUAUAAGUAAACCACAGCUUCCACACCACACACUCUCACACACAGCUAAAGCUAAUUAAAGAGCCACUGAUGAUAUGGACAAGUGAAUGUCGAGAACCUAGAGCAAUAUGUACAACUCAGAAAGUAUUAACUUUAUAUGCUUUGCUUCGAUGUAAACCAUACAAUUAAAUGUUAAACGUUGUUUGAGGAUCGAUUUGCUCGCAAGAUAGUCACAAAUUGAAAUUGAACAUAAUCAAGCAUACAAAUAGAAUAUAUAUACAACAAGUUGAGGAAUUACCAGUUCUAUUUUUUAAAUGUUGUGAACAAAAAAACGUGUCCAUUUCAAUUUGAAGCAUUUGUAGACAAUUUUCUUUUUAGACAAUCACUCGGUUAAUAGGUUUUCUUUUUCGGGUUUCGUAUGAUUUCUUGUUUGCUAGAAAUAUGUGCUUUAUUUUUCGUAUACCUAAGUUAUUUAUAAGUAUUUAUUCCAAUCGUUUAAACUUUGAAAGUCUGAGACAGAAGCGUUUUAAAUUAUUUUUAUUGUUGCCUAUUGGCUUCCUUAUCGCAAGAAGCAUUCCAAAUCUGUUUAUUUACACUUAAGUUAUUGUCUUCUUUGUUUACCAUAACUUUAAGUAGACAUUAUUUAAAAAGUACUCGCGAGAACUUGUUAUAUUAAUAGCCUUCGCCAGCAACUGAAAAUCUCACCUGAAGUUAAAAUGAAACGUAAUAAAUUUGUUAAAAUUUGUUAA